UCAUUACAGUAGUUGCAGCAGACUUCACGCAAACCAAACAUCUUAGCAGCCAUUCAAAGGUGUAGUAACUUAUUUCUUUCAAAUAAUUCCCCUUUAUUCACCUUUGAAGCCAGUUUUCCCUUUAAUCUCGACUAUGCAACUUUUUACAGCUACCAAAGUGCUCAUAAUUCCAAAUAAGUCUAUUCUGCUUAGAUUAAUCUAAUGCAAGCUACAAAUAAAGGCUAAUUUUAAGCUUAAACACUAAGCCUCCAUUCUCCCAGGCUGAAUUAAGAGCCAUCCUUUGGUAGCAGUCACUGGCACAUCCAAUCCAAAAAAACUACACAAUAAAAGAUCUCAGGGAUUGAUUUAAGUAUAGUAAGAUUUAGGGAUGCAAUUAUUCAUCACAUCAUAGUACAAGUUUGACAGAAUCCAGCAUAUCUGAGGAUGAAUUUAAUGAGAAAAUGUAGUCAUUCCAGUGGGAACAAAGUGUGGUUUAAUGUAAAAACAAGAAAAAAGGGUCUUCCACACAGAAGAGAUGAAAAAAAAAUAGGAAUGAAAAGGACACUUUAGGUUUGUCAACCUUUCCUCAGAGUGACUCAACAGCCUCCAAUGGUUUGAAAAACUGCAAAGCAGAGACCUGAGGCAUGGAAAGUAACAGAGACAGUGAUUCAGUGAAAGUGAAUGGCUCUGACUCUCCUACCCAUCACUGAAAGGGGGGAGAGACUUUAAAAAAAAGAAAAGAAAAGAAGAGCAGGGAAAGGACGGAAAGAGGGGGAAAUGACUGGCGACUGUGUGGGAAGAGAGAGAGAGGAGGGGCUUAGAAAGUAUGAACUUGUGUAUGAUUUAGCUGCAGGAAGCAUUAAGAAGGGGAAAGACUGCAACCAGGACGCGGUAUGCUCACUCUUUGAAGGCUUCUAAUGAGGACAAGUUGCUUCAUGGCUUCUCUGGCUUUUCACACUUCUUCUAGUGAGCUCCUUCCCUCCGGAGAGUUGUCUUCUUAUUAGAAAAAAAAAUCCACGGACCUUGAACCCGUGCUGUUUUCCCUUCUUUCUUACUGUGCGUAAUUUGGAUCCAGGAUCGAGGAGGAAAAACAGAGGCGACACCACAACAACACGAGGAAAUCAACGCAGGAAUUGGACCUAAAAUGAAAGCCGUCUUGGAUUUCUGCUUGCUUUUCCUCAUGCUGCACACUCCCGGCGUGCUGUCCUUGUCCACACAUGUAGCAAUCAUCUACCCCCAGGACCCUGUGCUUCGCAUGGGGUCCAACCUGACAGCCAGCUGCUGGGUCCACCCCGACCUCGGCGUCCAUGCCAGCUCUCUGUUCUGGACACUAAACGGUCAACAGCUGCCCAGCUCCCUCUACAGAGUGCUGAGCCCCACCAACCUCAGCGUGACGCUGGCCGGACUCAACGCCUCCAGGCAAACAUCCGGCGACAACCUUGUCUGUCACAAUCACAAGGGACACAUAUUGGCUGGCUCCUGUCUUUACGUUGGGAUGCCUCCACAGAAGCCAGUCAAUCUGACCUGCUGGUCCAGGAACACGAAGGACCUGACUUGCAGCUGGGCUCCGGGAGGAAAAGGAGAGACUAAUAUCAGCACACAGUACCGGCUCAAGUACAAACUCAGAUGGUACGGUACGGAGAAGCAGUGCGAAGAUUACACUCACACGCAGCCGUACUCCUGCAGCAUCACUCAGGACCUGCACCUCUUCACGCCCUACGAGAUCUGGGUGGAGGCCUCCAACCAGCUGGGCCGGGCUACUUCAGAUGUCAUCACCCUUGACAUCUUAGACGUGGUGACCACCGACCCUCCAUCAGGUGUGACCGUCAGCCGUGUCGGCCAGUUGGAGGACCAGCUGAGCGUCCGCUGGGAGGCCCCACCCGCCCUCAAAGACUUCUUAUUUCAGGCCAAAUACCAGAUCCGCUACAGGCUGGAGGACAGCCAAGACUGGAAGGUGAUGGAUGAUGUCGGGAAUCAGACUUCGUGUAGGUUAGCCGGACUGCGACCUGGAACCGUGUAUUUCGUCCAGGUUCGCUGUAACCCUGUAGGCAUCUACGGCUCUCGCAAAGCAGGAAUCUGGAGCGAGUGGAGCCACCCGACUGCUGCUUCCACACCCCACAGUGUUGCAGGAAACCAGCUGUCACACAGGAGAGCGCCUGAUGUCCUGCGACUCGAAGUCGAGCGGAGACUCCAACUCCACCCUGCGCAGGGAGCUGAAGCAGUUCUUCGGCUGGGUGCGGAAACACGCCUACGGCUGCAGCAGCAUGUCCAUGAAGCUGUACGACCAGUGGCGAGUGCUGAUGCAGAAAUCCCACAAAGCUCGCAACCAGGUAGGUUCUCCAAGGGGAUAAAUCAUAGCACAUGCUGACUUUACGAGCAGAAAACAAGUCAAGAAAAAGAACUGAGUGAAUGUGAUCUGUUUUUUUUGUCUAUGUGUGUGUAUGACAAAUGAGAAAAAGAGAUUGUAUUCGUAUAGUGGAAUUAUAAAGACAAUUUGCUGCAGACGUCUUGUGCGGAUACCAGCUGUGGCUGCCAGAGGACACCCAAAGGAAAAAAGAAAAGAAAAAAAAUGGUGGGAUUUUCUGCCUUCCUGCAUCUUUUGCAGUCGAUAUGAGCACUUGAAAAAUGUGCAGCCUGGACGGACUGAGAAGGUGAACUCUUCAUGGACAUCCUGGUAUCGUGGCAUGGCAAGGAAGGGACCGUGUGGACUACUCUGCUCUCACAAAUGAUAUUGUAGCAUGAAUAACCUACAAAAAAACCAGAUUCAAACUCACCAAAAGUGUUGCCGCGGCGUCUGAAAGUAUCCUGAGAUGCUUUGUGGGUUUCUCCUGUGGAUCCAAAGCACCAUCUAGUGGCCGUUCAGCACCCGUGGAUUCACCGAUCCUGCAACAAAGUUAUCAUACAGUAUUCCUCAUUCAUGCUUGUGUUACAUAGGUGGAUAAUUUGCCAAACUGCUUCACUCAGGAUGCAUCUGUUUCUGUGUGACAGGAUGUGACUGAUGCCAUGGUGGUGUUUGGAAACAUUUCACUGCGUUUAUUUUUGUACUGAAAUUGUACCAGCAUAUUUAAAAGUAUAAAGUUAUGUUUUAAUUCUUAAAUUAUGUUUAGUUUAGCAAAGACUGUACAAUGACUGAAGUUGUUAUCGAUCUCUGAUGAUGUUCUAUAUAAAAGAUGUCGCCAUAAA